AACGCUUCGAUCCCCUCCUUAAACAUUUCUCUGUCCUUCCCUGCCCCUAUUAUUAAUUGGCACAGAGCAACCAAAUCAAAUUACUCAAUGCUUAGAGAGAGAAAGAGUGAUAGAUAGAAAGAUAGAUAUAAGAGAGUGAAAUUAAAAACUCAUGGAGGUUGGACUGAUGAAGAAGGAGAAUAUGGGGUUUGAGGAAACUGAACUGAGGCUUGGAUUGCCUGGAAACGGAACCACAGCCACUGAAGAAGUAGUAAGGAAGAGAGGAUUCUCUGAGACUGAAACUGAUGAGACAAUAACCACAGUGGAUUUUAUGCUUAAUCUUUCAUCUAAGGAAGCAACUUCUGGGUCAGAUCUAAGUCAUAAGCACAACACUUUGCCUAAUGAGAAAACCCUUCUGCCUGCAGAUCCUGCCAAGCCUCCAGCCAAGGCACAAGUGGUGGGUUGGCCACCUGUCCGGUCCUUCCGGAAGAACAUGUUGGCUGUGCAAAAAAGCGUUGGAGAGGAGAGUGAGAAGAACAACCCUAAUGCAAGCUUUGUUAAAGUUAGCAUGGAUGGAGCACCUUACCUCCGCAAAGUGGACUUGAAGAUGUACAAGAGUUACCAAGACCUCUCCGAUUCUUUAGGCAAAAUGUUCAGCUCCUUCACCAUUGGCAAUUGUGGAUACCAAGGAAUGAAAGAUUUCAUGAAUGAGAGUAAGCUGAUGGAUCUUUUGGACAGCUCUGAUUAUGUCCCAGCCUAUGAAGACAAGGAUGGUGACUGGAUGCUUGUCGGGGAUGUCCCAUGGGAGAUGUUUGUUGAAUCAUGCAAGCGUUUACGUAUCAUGAAAGGAAAGGAGGCUAUUGGUCUUGCACCAAGAGCUAUGGAGAAAUGCAAGAACAGGAGCUAGACUAGUCAUACCAGUUCAUGACCUACUCAUCCUUUUUAGUUGUGGUGCUUAGUUGGCUUAGUAACAAAAGGAAGGAUAAGCUGCCACAGAGACAGAUGGAUAUAGCAUGGUGUUAAAUUAUAGUUGAUUUGUGUAUCAUUAUGGUUUGUUAUAUAAUAUUUCAAACAAAACAAUGAGAAGUCUAAGUAUUAAUUAUGAACAGAAACAAUAAUGCCUCUAAAUUAUGCUGUUAGACUUGGCUAUCUUAUAUA